GAAAUUCAGUUGACUCGAAUCGCACGAGUCGCGAGGAAGCAAAAAAAUAACAACCGAAGAAAACCUUUUCGAGACAGUGACUAUAUCGUUAGACUUCGCCUUAGGUCCAUAUAUAAUAUAUAUAAAUCAAAAUGGCAACUGUCGAUAUCAGCGAGGAGGCCUAACUGCGUCUGGGCUACCUGAAGCCCGAGACUUUGGAAAUUGCCCGAGUGGAGCUCCGGGAAACGGAGGAGGUCAAGGUGGAGGCCAUCAAGAAGCUGAGGGAACUCCUUAAGGCCACCCCAGAGCUCAACUAUAAGGAUGACGAUGCCUUCCUCACAGUCUUCCUGCGUGCCUGCCAUUGGUAUCCGGAUGGUGCCCUGGAAAAGAUGAAAACCACUGCCACCUUCCGAAAGGAGUAUGCCGCCUUGGUGCGAGGUCUAUUGGUGGAGCAGGUCAAGGAGAAAUUCGUCAAGGGGAGUGUCAUCAAUGUCCUGAAGAAUUGCGAUCAGAAGGGUCGUCGUGUCCUUAUUGUUAACUGCGGCAAGCUGUGGGAUCCCAGCGAGAUCACCAGCGAUGACAUGUUCCGCAUGCUGUACAUGGUCCACAUUGCUGCCCAACGGGAGGAGGAGACCCAAGUUCGUGGUGUUGUCUGCGUCAUGGACUUUGAUGGUCUGGCCAUGAAGCAGGUCAAGGCCCUGUCGCCGAGCUUCUCCAAGCGUCUGCUCACCUUCAUCCAGGAGGCCAUGCCCCUGCGCAUGAAGGAGGUGCACUUUGUGAAGCAGCCAUUCAUCUUCAACAUGGUCUGGUCGCUCUUCAAGCCCUUCGUCAAGGAGAAGCUCAACAAGAGGAUGCACUUCCAUGGUAGCGAUAUGAAGUCGCUGCACAAGUUCCUCGAUCCCUCCGUCCUGCCCGCCAACUACAAGGGCACCCUGCCCGCCAUCAAUUAUGGCGGCACCGAGUGGAUCGGCGCCCUGGAGAAGCAGGCCGACUAUGUGGCUGAGUGGAGCCAACUGGGUCCUGCCCAGUGGUAAUAGAUCUAGUGUCUAGACCAAUCCACAUCCAACUGACAUUAGCUUAACUUUAUGCUUGUAAAUACUUGCAACUUGUGUUUGCUUAGUUUGUAACAUUUUUGGCAAUAAACUAGUUUCAUAAUUCUAUAAA